GAAAUUUGUGAUAUUUUAAAAAGAAAAAAAAAAAAGUAGGGUUUCACUGUGGUUUUUCAUCGAAUUUCUUCCGUAGCCAAGAAGCUUGGGAAUCCCAUUGAUCCAAACUUGUGUGACAUGGCGGCCAAGUACAUUGUGGGUGCUGUUUUGGGAUCUUUUGCAGUGGCAUAUGCACUGGAUGAUGCAAUUGCUGACCAAAAGAUUUUCGGAGGCACCACCCCCAAAACUGUUACUAGCAAGGACUGGUGGGAAGAAACUGAUAAGAAGUUCCAAGCAUGGCCUCGUACAGCAGGACCGCCGGUGGUGAUGAACCCCAUUCGCCGCCAGAAUUUUAUUGUCAAGUCCAGUUCUGUGUUCUAAAUGACUGAAUUUUUUUUAUAGCACUGAAUGGCUGAAUCUUAAAGAAGCUAACCCUUUUCCUAGGAUUAUAAAGUUUUACCUUGAUAUCCUGUAUCACAAAUUCACAAUUUCUCUGCUUGGACAGAACUUGUUUAGCCUCCAAGUUUUAUUAGCAUGGCUUUGCAAAUUGCAAGUCAUGAUGAUGACGAAUUCAUUCCUUUAUCCCUGAUGAUGAUAUGAGCUGUUCUUAAUUUUAGAAUGUU